GGUCACCAGUUAGCAUUGUUAGUCUUAUAAGGAGUUCCAAUCCUGUUGGUUGGUGUACCAACGUGAGGAUUGCCUCAUGACACACUCCCAGUUGGAUUUUACAACAUCUCCACGUUCACCUGGUCUGCAAUGUCGCGCAAGUUGGUCAAAUUUCUAAUACUUUUCGACAACACGAAUCUUCUCUACUUUCCUGGGCAGUUCCUCAGCGGAAGGGUCCUUGUCGAGCUCAAGGAUGACACCCCAGCUCUAGGUUUACAUUUCCAUGUUGUGGGAGAAGGUGUGAUUAGGUUAAGGAAACAUGGACACGAUCGUGUUUCGGAUAAAGAGAACUACAUAGAUUUUAAAAUGAGACUCCUUGGAGAACCAGGGCAAGGACCAGUAUUGCUAUCACCAGGGAUUCAUAGUUUCCCAUUUAAAUUAGGAUUGCCAUUAGGUCUACCAUCGACAUUUCUUGGAAAGCAUGGAUGGGUUCAGUAUUUUUGCAAAGCUGCUUUAAGAGAGCCCAAUGGUUUGACUCAUAAAAACCAGCAAGUUUUUAUUGUAAUGAAUCCCAUCGAUCUGAACCUUGAGCCAUCUGUGAUAUCUCAACCGUUUCAGUGUGAGAUAGAACAUAAAUUAGGCAUGGCUUGUUUUAAAAAUGGCCAGGUAAUAUGUCGCGUUUCCCUGGACAGGGGUGGAUAUGUUCCAGGAGAGACGAUAGGCAUCUCAGCGACCAUUCAUAAUCAUAGUAAAAUAAACAUCAAACAGACACGAGCUGCAUUGACUGAGACGAUUCAAUACUUGACAAGGAACAAAAUUGUACAGUCAGAAACUAGAGAGUUAGCUUCACUAAGCCGAGGAAAAAUAAGAGCAGGUGAAAGUGACGAAUGGGUCAAUGAGCAAAUAUACGUCCCACCGUUACCUCCCACAAAUCUCAGAGGAUGCCAUUUAAUUAGAAUAUUAUAUGAUGUUUACUUCAUUAUACAUCCGAAAAAUUUUGAUAAAGAAGUAAAACUGCAAUUACCGAUCAUGAUGGCCACUUAUCCGUUAAGGGGACACGAGGGAACACUGAGGCGAAAGCAGGGGACGCAUUACCCUUCCACACUGCCCAUCUUCCGACCUUGGCUUGAAGAGAAAACUUUUUGAAACAUUUAAAUAAAUUAAAUUUGACUAAUACUAAAAUGUUUCUUUAAUCGGCAUGUUAGAUAAUUGUAAUAUUUUCUUGUACAAUAAACUAUCGUAUUAUUGAUACAGUUUGUAUACUAUUACUAAAGUCUAUAUUGUUUUUUAAUUUAUCAUGGCCAUUUUAUUUUAAAUAAUUGUUUAAUUUUUUUCUUCAAAAGUCUGUCAUAUUUUUUUAAUGUAUUACUAAAUAUUUUGAAAAUAAAGGAAAAAAAUUAAUGUAGCA